AAAAAAAUGCAAUUUUACUGCAAUGUAAAAAAAAAUUAAUCGCAAUUAAAUUUUUUACAGGUUAAUAGGAUUGGGUCAAACAAUCGGCAGACAAUUCUCCAUAGUCGCUUUGUAAAUCUCUCUUCAAUGUUUGCAAGAUUCCAUUAUAUGAAUGCAAAGUAACACGUCGGGCUUGCAUUAUUCCACUAUCCCUUUUUUCCCGUGAUCCAAUAAUUCCAUAAUAUGUAUUUCCUGUCUCUUUUUUGUAGUUUUACUUCACUGCUAAUUUGAAGUAAAGUUUUACAUCUUCGUUGGUAUAUAUUUUUGUAUAUUUUUGCAUUAGUUCUUUGGUCACGUUUUUAUUAUAUUGAUUUAUAGUCCACUAUCUGGAAUGUUAAACUGUUUAUUGAUCUAUAGAUUGAUUUUCUCAUGUAAGCAAUUUUUAAUGAUUUACCACAUUGUUUUUUCUUCCAAACUAAUUUAAAGCUUACUUUGUACUAAAUUGUUAUUCUUUCCAGGCUAUGGGUGUAAUGACGGGAAAUAAAAUCUUAAUUUAUGUGGAAAUAAUUUUAAAUAGAUAGCUUCUGCCCUACAUGUCAGUUAGUUAUGAUUCAUGGUAAAUUCUUAGCGAUUGCGUGACGAUAAAUCUCUUCAAAUUUUUUCUUCUUUCUUGAAUUGGCCCAUUGUGCGUAUAUAGUUGUGUGUGGAGCAUUCUACUGUCCUAGUUGCAUCUGCUCUUAGAACAAAAAAAAUAACUUCAUGCCAGCAUCUUCCGCACCGGCGACAUACCGUGUCUGUGACAGUUCAUGUUGCACUGCGUACGAAACGAGUUUCUGUCCGAAGGUAUUCCCCGGCUCCCUUUCUAACGCAAGCGGAGGAAUACGUGUGAGAUGUGUAGCAAACUAGCAAACCUUCCAGCGACUGGCUGUAUAAUGAUGGCACGCGAUGAGGCUCGGAUAAAAAGUCGCCGGUACUUGUUAGAUCGAGCAUAGUCGUUGGAAAGCGUUGUGGCGUGAGGCGUCAAUUUUGAAGCUUGGAGUAAUGGAUUUUAUCAGUUGGCAGUUUGGAUUGGAAUGUGAAGAUCGGGAAGAUCAGUCAAGCAGUUCCAACGAGAUUGAAGAAGAGCAACCCAAGGAACAAGAGAGCUUCCAAAGCAUCCGUGCCCGCUGUCUGGCCGAAGGGACCCUCUACGAAGAUCCGGACUUUCCGGCAAACGAUUUCUCCAUCUACCAUUCGAAGCCACUGUCUAACGAUGAGCCUCCCAUCCGAUGGAAACGUCCGGGGGAAAUUGUAUCCGAGCCCAAGUUCGUCACGGACGGUUAUUCGCGGUUCGAUGUGCGUCAGGGCCAGCUGGGUAACUGUUGGUUCAUAGCGUCCUGUGCCACGCUCACCUCCCAUCCCAAACUUUUCGAGCGCGUUGUACCGGAGGACAAUGGCCAGUUCGAUGAAGGAAACUAUGCCGGAGCGUUUCACUUUCACUUCUGGCAGUACGGCCAAUGGGUGGAAGUGAUAGUGGACGAUCGGCUGCCGGUAAGCAGCGGAGGUAAUGUGCUGCUCUACAUGAGUUCCUCCGUGCGGGAAGAAUUCUGGGCCGCCCUGCUCGAGAAAGCGUACGCCAAGCUGCACGGAUCGUACAAUGCAUUAACCGGUGGCUCGGGAGUCGAGGGAAUGGUCGAUCUUACCGGUGGUAUUGCCGAGUUCUACAGACUCGACGGUACCGAACCGGACGAUCUGUUCGAUCGGGUCGAACGUAAUCUUGCCCGCAAAUCGUUGCUUACUACCGGCAUUAACGGUGACCGGGAAGGACGGCUACAAUCCGUCAAUUUAGUUUCGACCCACGAAUACUCGGUGACGAAGGUAACGCGGCUGAACGCGAGCCAACACAUGCUGUCGAGUGGGCUUGCCGAAGAUGUACGGCUAAUUUGUGUCCGGAAUCCGUGGGGUCAGACGGAGUGGAGCGGUCCAUGGGGCGAUCACUCCAUCGAGUGGAUACUGGUGACGGAUGAAAAGAUGGCGGCGCUAAAUAUCGAGCGUGAGGAUGGUGAGUUUUGGAUGAAGUUUGAGGACUUUGUGCAGUACUUCGACGAUCUGAGCGUGUGCUACCAGUGUCCGGGUGAUAUGAGCGAGGAGCUGAAACGAUGCUACCCCUGGGAAAUGAUGAUCCAGCAGGGUGAAUGGAAGCGAGGCAUCACGGCGGGAGGAUCGGGCCGGAAAAGUUUCUGGCGCAAUCCACAGUGCUUUCUUCAACUUGGUGAAGAUUGUCGCCUUCCAACUAGCCGGACUAAAGGGCCAGAAGUGAGUCUUACGCUGGGGCUCAUGCAAAUGCAUCACCGUGAAAGAGGAAUUGAAAAUUUAUCAUUAAGACUGUGCGUUUAUGCGAUACCCGAUCAUGUUCUUAUCGGGCAUCGAACGUUACCGGGCGCGUUCUUCGAUAAUGUCACACCGGUAGAAGCGGACGACGAAUUCCAGACGGGACGCGAGUUUGUGGCCCGAUACAAAUUGCCACCGGGUCGAUACGUGAUUGUGCCGUUCACCUGGAAGCCCAACCAGGAGAGCGAGUUCCUGUUGCGAAUAUUUGCCGAAGGGCACCUCGAUAAGAUUUGUUACUGUGGUGGUGGUGACGCGAGAAAGUGA